AUGAAAGACAAUCAGAUCUUGCAAGGCUCUGAAGAUUCUUUUCUGAAUUUGGUCAACAUUCAAAACCUUAAAGCUCUCCUUAGGAACGUGGGGUCCCCCUCUCCUUCAGCUUCCACUGGUGGUGGAGGUAGUGGUUGUACUGGCGGUGGCGGAGAAGGUGGUGAUAGUGGUUCAUCAGGUGGCUCUGGGUAUGGAUCAGGAAGUGGCUCUGGUGGGACUAGUGGUGGUGGAGGCGGUGGAGGUAGCAGCGGUACUGAGAGUGGUAGCAGUGGCAGUGGCUUUGUCUUUGGAAGUGGAAGUGGUGGUGGUGGUAGUGAUAACAGCAGCUUGCCUAGGAAAGUUGGGAAAAGCAAUUAA